UGUGCUUGGUGUACAGAGAUGUAGAGACCAGUGUGUGGAAGACACCCAGCUCUCUCUCAGCACUUUCCACACAAAGAGGGACGUCGGCUGUCGGGCUGGACUGCGCCCCGCUCUCGAGCCGCCCCCCCCGGCCCCCCCCACGGGCCCCCCCCAUGGCGUCCCGCAUCGGGCUGAGGCUGCAGCUCAUGAGGGACCAGCUGCAGCAGGAGGAGCAGAGGGAGCGCCGGCAGCAGUGCACCAUGGGAUACGUGCAGCAGCAGCGCAUGCCCGUGCCCCCCAGCCCCGCCAUCAACGCCCCCCUGCCCCCCCACUAUCAGGGGCCCAUGCAGGUCCCCAUGGAGGUGCUGAUGGUGCAGACACACCUGGAGAACCCCACGGACUACCAUAUCCGCCAGUCCCAGCGGCAGCAGCUGAAGGAGUACCUGUCCGCCACCUACUCCCCCAAACAGGCCUCUCCCCCCCCGGCCCCCCUCCCCCCCCUGCCCUCGCCCCACCUCCUGGGCUCCACGGGAAACAGCGCCCCCAACAGCCCCAUGGCCCUGCUCGACAUCGGGAGCGGGGGCCAUGAAAACGAGAUGGAUGACGUUAUCGAUGACAUCAUCAGCCUGCAGUCCAGCUACGACGAGGUGCAGGGGUACAUGGACCCUGUGGUGCAGAUGUCCAACACACUGCCCCUGUCCAGCAGCCAUCUGGACGUGUACUCCACUCCCGGGAUGUCUGGGUCCGCCAUCGGCAUGACCAGCAACUCCUGCCCCGCCAACCUCGCCAUCAAGAAGGAGCUGACCGAAGCACGUGCCAUGGCCAAGGAGAGACAGAAGAAGGAUAACCACAACCUGAUUGAGAGAAGGAGAAGAUUCAACAUCAACGACCGGAUCAAAGAGCUCGGAACCAUGAUCCCAAAAACCAACGACCUAGACGUGCGCUGGAAUAAGGGCACUAUCCUGCGGGCGUCGGUGGAGUACAUCAAGCGCAUGCAGCGAGACGCUCAGCGCACGCGUGAGGUGGAGACCAACUUCAGACGCAUGGAGACGGCCAACAAGCAGCUGUGGCUCCGCAUCCAGGAGCUGGAGAUGCAGGCUCGAAUCCACGGCCUCCCCAGUAACUCCCCGUCGGUCCUGGGGAGUCCGGAGCUCCUUAACCCCUUCGUCAAGCAGGAGUGCAGCCCGGAGGAGCACGGCCCCCACCCCGACCUGCCCCCCCUGCCCCAGAGAGCCCCCCUGCAGUUCCCCACCGUGGGGAGCUCCCAGCACUUUGACUUCGCCCAGUCUCUGGACCUGUGUGACGGGGGGCCGGCCUACACAGACCCCCUGGCCCCGCUCGGCCAGCUGUCCGCUCUGGGGGACCCCGGGAGGAAGGGGGGGGACCUGGGGUUCAUGCUGAUGGAGGAGGGGCUCUCGCCCCUGGGGGGGGACCCCCUGCUGUCCGCCAUGUCCCCCCAGGAGAGCGUGGACAGCAGCCGACGAAGCAGCUUCAGCAUCGAGGAUGCAGACAUCCUGUGACCUCACUGUGCUCUCACACACACACUUACACAGACACACACACACACAGACACACACACACACACACACACACUCAUAUAUACACACACACACACACACACACACAAACACUGACCCAUGCACACACACACACACUUACACACACACACACACACACACUUACACACACACACACACACUGACCCAUGCACACACACACACACACACUGCCCCAUGCACAUACACACACACACACACUUACACACACACACACACACUGACCCAUGCACACACACACACACACACUGACCCAUGCACACACACACACACACACUGACCCAUGCACACACACACACACACACACACUUACACACACACACACACACUUACACAUACACAUACACACACACACACUUACACAUACACAUACACACACACACACUGCCCCAUGCAUAUACACACACACACACUUACACAUACACACACACUCUCACACACACACACACACACACACACACACACACACACUUACACCUACACACACACACACUGCCCCAUGCACACACACACACACACACACACACACACACUUACACAUACACACACACUUACACAUACACAUACACACACACACACACACACACACACACACUCAUAUAUACACACACACACACACUGCCCCAUGCACACAUACACACACACAUACACUGCCCCAUACACACACACACACACUGCCCCAUGCACACAUACACACACACACACACACACACACACAUACACUGCCCCGCACACACACACUCAUACAUAUACACACACACACUGCCCCAUGCACACAUACACACACACACAUACACUGCCUCGCACACACACUCACAAGGUACACACACACACACACACACACACACACAUACACACACACACUCACUGCCCCACACACACACACACGCAUAUUCUUCAUGCAAACGUGCACAGCUACGAAAACUAACAGUUUGAAUUCUCGCUAUGUUGCUCCAAUAAAGACUUCCCCUUCCACCACCCCUGCACACACACACACACACAUUACCCACAAUCCUCCACUCCUCCUCCCUGCCCCAGUCUCUGCCUUCAUGUCAGUAACCGCAGUGUCUACAUAUACUUACACAUGUGAGGGAAAUGGUGUUUCUAAGUUAAAAGGCAGCUUUUCUUUGUCAUUUGUUUUGAAAGACUAAAGCCACAACUCCACAGCACAGCCAUCAACACUGCAACAACACAGGCUAUAGCAGUCAUCAGCACUAACACAGGCUAUAGCACAGUCAGCAGAACUAUAACACAGGCUAUAGCAGUCAUCAGCACUAUAACACAGGCUAUAGCAGUCAUCAGCACUAUAACACAGGCUAUAGCAGUCAUCAGCACUAUAACACAGGCUAUAGCAGUCAUCAGCACUAUAACACAGGCUAUAGCACAGUCAUCAGCACUAUAACACAGGCUAUAGCAGUCAUCAGUACUAUAACAGAGGCUAUAGCAGUCAUCAGCACUAUAACAUAGGCAAUAGCACAGUCAUCAGCACUAUAACACAGGCUAUAGCAGUCAUCAGCACUAUAACACAGGCUAUAGCAGUCAUCAGCACUAUAACAUAGGCAAUAGCACAGUCAUCAGCACUAUAACAUAGGCAAUAGCAGUCAUCAGCACUAUAACACAGGCUAUAGCACAGUCAUCAGCUCUAUAACACAGGCUAUAGCAGUCAGCACUAUAACACAGGCUAUAGCAGUCAUCAGCACUAUAACACAGGUUAUAGCACAGUCAGCACUAUAACAGGCUAUAGCACAGUCAGCACUAUAACACAAGCUAUAGCACAGUCAUCAGCACUAUAACACAGGCUAUAGCACAGUCAGCACUAUAACACAGGCUAUAGCAGUCAGCAGAACUAUAACACAGGCUAUAGCACAGUCAGCAGAACUAUAACAGUACAGCAACACACUGCCACAACACAGGCUAUAGCAGUCACAUCAGUGUAACACAGGCUAUAGCAUGGUCAGCAGCACAGUCAUAGCACUGUCAUAGCACAGUGUCCCACUGUCUCUAAUGCUCAGGUCAGACCCUCCAGCCUCUGUAACGACACGCGUGUGCUCUCCACAGAGCCAGCAGCACACACACCCUGGCCACUGGGCUCACAGCGGCUGAACAUGCUAACACCUCUGCCUCUUCUCAUUCACCGCUGGGUCAAACCUGCCAUUUGACCUCAUUUAUCAACUGUAAAAUAAAAACGGAAAUUUUAAAACCGAUUAUAAUGAAAAUAUGAAAUGGAUUUGUUCUUAUAUAUAAAACGUUUUUCUCCCAUAGCACUGGAAACCUGUAUUAUUGUAUUGACUGUGUACAAAAAAAAAUAUUUUAUUAAGUGACAGAUUUAUUGACAUGUUUUAUGCCAUGAAGCCACUUAAAUGUAUUUAAUGAGUUUUUGUGCUUUCUAUUUUAAUUCCAAAGUGACCUUCUGUUCUAUCCAGAGAGCUAUUGAGAUGAGAAUAUUUAAACCACAAGCCUAAUUCUACAUGGCAUGAUAAAAGCCAUGUUACGUUGUGUAUUUUUCUUUGUGUUGAGGAAUGCCUCCUCAGGCUAUUAAAUACAAAACCAUGUAUAAUGUCA